AUGGCUUUGAAUGAAGCAAUAGAGAAAGCAUAUGUUGAUAAUUUGGUUGACUAUGUAGAAGUCAACAGGAAGGAACCUGUAAAUAAUGGCAUGCUGCUGCUUCUACCAAAGGAAGAGUUAGAAGAUGAAGCUUCACUUAUAACAACUUCCACAAAAUGUAGGGGCUCAAGGGAGAGUUCUACAACUAUUCAGGAUGUGGAAACACCUUCAACUGCAACCAUCCUAUUGAACUGCAAACAUCUUAUUGUGCGCCAAUUCAUAGUAUAUUCCUUCAGAUAUUGGGUAACAGAGAUGCAUGUCGAUGGAUUUCGGUUUGAUCUUGCCUCUAUCAUGACAAGAGACAGCAGCCUUUUUGAUGCAAUAAAUGUAUCUGGAAAUCAAGUGGGCAUCUAUUUUCCUUGUUAUGACUUUUUGUGCAAUUAUAUGGAAGAAUAUUCAUCAAAAAAUGCAGCAAGCAUGACUCCUUAUAUCCCACUAGUUGCAGGUUCUGUUGCCCGUUCACUUGCUUGUAUUACUUGUUAUCCUAUUGAACUUGCAAGAACCCGUAUGCAGCUUUCUGGUGUUGGUGUCAAGCUUGUUGGCAAUACAGUGUGGAGUACCCUCUUUCAUCAAUUCUUGAUAGUGAUGUCACAUACUGUUGCUGUAGCUGUGCUUUCGGGAAAUAGAAACUUUGAAGGGCGUGUUCACCCACUAACAAGAUCCAACUACCUGGCUUCACCUCCCUUGGUUGUAGCUUACGCACUUGUCUGCACGGUCGACAUCGACUUCGAAAACAAACUAACGAGACCACAAAGGACGGAAAGAAUGGCCAAGCACCGAAGAAAUCACUCAGGUUUUGAAGUUUUUGAUGGAAAAGAACAGUGUUAA